CUCAACAUUCUUCGUUUCUUCUUCUUCUUCUCAUCUCUCUCUCUCUCUCUCUCUCUCUCUCUCUCACACACACACACACACACACACACACAAUUUGGCUUCGCAUGAUGACGAAAAGGAGAAGGAAGACGAAAUCAGUAAGCGAUAAAAUCACAGACAAAAAAAGAGCUGCCGCUGCUGCUGAGGUGAAAAGUGACAAUUUGGAGCUGCAGUCCUGGGCCAAUCUCCCUGACGAACUCUUAGAAUUGAUCUUAUCUCGUUUGGUCGUGGCGGAUAAUAUUCGUGCUUCAGCUGUUUGCAAGAGAUGGCAUUCAGUUGCCAGUUCUGUACGUGUAGGGGACCAAUCACCUUGGCUUAUGUAUUUCCCAAAAAGUGAUAACUGUUAUGACUUCUAUGACCCUGUGCGGCGUAAGAUCCAUUCCCAUGAGUUUCCAGAGUUGGAUGAAUGUCGUGUUUGCUAUACAAAAGAUGGUUGGUUAUUGCUAUGUCGGAAGCAGUGGGCCAUAAAUCACCAAUUUUUUCUUUUUAACCCCUUUACUAGGGACCUGAUCCAGCUGCCAAUACGUGAAGAUAGACACUCAAUCGCUGGCUUCUCGUGUGCUCCAACAUCAACUGGAUGUGUUAUAUUAACGGUUGAUUAUAUUAGUUCUUAUGUUGUAGCUAUUAGCACUUGUUCUCCUGGGGCAAAUGAAUGGACAACUGUUAAUUACGAAAACCGCCCAGAAUUUUUCGGGAGCAUAUGGAAUAAGCUUGUCUUUUGUAAUGGGUUAUUUUAUUGUCUGAGCCUCACAGGUUGGCUAGGGGUGUUUGAUCCAGUUGAAUGUACUUGGAGUGUUCUGGAAGUACAUCCACCAAAAUGCCUAGUAGAGGGUUUUAUUGCCAAAAACUGGUCAAAAGAGAAAUUUAUGACAGAGCACGAAGGGAAUAUAUUUCUAGUUAAUGUAUGUUGCGGUGAUGACCCGAUUGUAUUCAAGUUAGAUCAGACACAAAAGGAAUGGAAAGAGGUGACAACGCUAAAUGGAGUGACACUUUUUGCUAGUUUUAUGUCAUCUCAUUCUAGGACUUACGUCACUGGAUUAAUGAGAAACAGUGUCUAUUUCUCUAAAGUCCGUUUCUAUGGAAAGCGUUGCAUAUCAUACUCUCUUGAUGACCAUAGAUAUUAUCCCAGUAAGCAGUGUCGUGACUGGGUAGAAUGGGAUGCUUUUGAGAACAUCUGGAUUGAACCACCGAAAGACUUUGCUGGCUGGAACUAAAAAAAAAAUUAGCAGAGCAACAUUUUGACUCGGGUGUUCAAGUGCUUUCCUAUUCUCAAUGCACAAAGCAGACAUUUCAAGAUUUGGUUAUUUUGUCUGCACAUCUUGAAUUUCGAGAUUUUUCUCCAGCAAUGGAUAUAUGGAACUUUAGACGUUACACUUUUAUACUAAUAAUCUAAAAUUUUAAUUUUGGAUUUCGAGCCCGA